GAAAAGGUAAACAAGAGAGAGCGAGGCGGCUGCAAGGGUCACACUGGGAUAAUUCUCGUGUUAUUUACUGUUAUUUCCUCUUAUUCCACGGCCAACUCAUUCUGACAGCUUUUAUUCCCUGCUUCUCGUCCCGAUGAACCACCGUGGGACAAGGAUGCUGCUAUGUGUCGGCCCUGAAGGCACAGGCAAGACGCUACUGCUGCGGAGGCUCGCCAACCUCACCAAGACCGACCUCAACCUCACCACCGUCCCCACUGUUGGCAUGAACAUCGCCACCAUACCCCAAGGCCCGGAGCUGCCCCCCAUUAGCAUCAGGGAACUAGUGCACCUUGUGAGUGUGGCUGUUCACUGCUUUCUGCACAAACACUGUACUGUAGUGAACUGAUCAACAGACAUGAACUAACCUCCAACCAGUUGUAGCAAACCAGCUUUAUAAAUGGACCAGUGAAUUAAGUUGUGUUAGUGUCAAAGAUUGUACCCCAUGAACCUAGCAUUGAAAGACUUCCCCUAAUCACUGUGAGGAAAGAUGAAUGUGAAAGUCUUGUGGAGUGUUCAGGAAUAUCGUGCAAGGCUUGUCUUAGUGUGAGUAACAAGUCCCUGUAAGUUUGUGGUUUUUAUGUUAAUAUACGUAAAUAUCUUGUGAGUGAUCUGUGAGUGAUUAUAAAGUAAUUCCAGUGUGCUCAAAGAUUGCUAGUGGAAGGGUAAUUUUCCACUGAUAGAUAUGAGGAAAUAAAAGUGAAUAGAAGAAGAAAACAGUAAUGAAAAAUAAUAAUAAUGAUGAAAGAAGAAAAUGAUGAUAGAGAGGAGGUUGUGAAUUGUCGAUCCGUGAAGUGAAUCUUCCACAAAAGAACAAAAUAAUGCCACUGGAAGGAGAAUAUUCUACGGAUACCUGAGAAAAUAAUAAUAAGGAGGUUGUGAAGUGAAUUAUCCACCACACAACAAAAUAACAAUGGAAGGAUAAUUUUCUACUGAUAGAUAUGACAAAAUAAAAGUGAAUAAAAGAAGAAAACAGUAAUGAAAAAUAACAAUAACAGAUGAAAGAAGAAAAUAACGAUAGAGAGGAGGUUGUAAAUUGUCGAUCCGUGAAAAGAACAAAAUAAUGUCACUGGAAGGAAAAUAUUCUACGGAUACCUGAGAAAAUAAUAAUAAGGAGGCUGUGAAGUGAAUCGUCCACCACACAACAAAAUAACAAUGGAAGGAUAAUUUUCUGCACAUAUCGUGAGAAAAUAACAGAGAGAAGAAGGCUGUAACUUGUUGAUCUGUGAAGCAAGUCAUCCACCACACAACAAAAUGCCAGUGGGAGGCUUUUCUCGGCCCGUGGUGGUGCGGGAAAGCUCCGCCCGACACUGCUUCCUCUCCCUGCCUCGUACCCUGGCCAGCCUCGUCCUGCCUGUCCAGACCCCAACGUUUAGCCUCGUGGACACCAGUGGACGAAGGCUGCUACUGUCCUGGGCUGGGGAGGUUCACAACAGCUCCUCCGUUGAUGUGGAUGAGCUCGAGGAGGUGUACGUGGGGCGUGAGGUGCUACGAGGGAACGGCAUGUGCGAUGGGGACUCUGGGGUACUGACGCAGGUUCCAGUACCCCCCCAGUGUUCUACCGUGCGUGUGGGGGUCAGUACCUUAGACGAAUGGGAGGUACUGGGGUUGAACGUUGAGUUAGCACAGUUGGCGUUCCUCAAUCAAAUCCGUGUGCUAGGCCUCGGUCAGUGUGUCCCGCUGUGGCUUGAAGGGGGAGCGUAUGUCACCCUAAAGGUCACUGGUUUAGAGCCUCCUGUGCCGCACCUCACUCUCCACCCCAUGAGUCAGGUGGAGGUGUUGCCGCCCUCCGAGGAUGUGGAGUCGCCCUGCCACGCUGCGAUCAACUUCUCCGCAUCAGAGCCACAGAAUGAGUCUUUGAAGGAGUGCCAGGCGGAGGAGGAGAAUGAGGAACAAGAGGAGAAGGAGGGACAGGACGAGAGAGGGGAUGCAAGGGAUUUACUGACUCAGAUAUUCAAGUUCAUGGUGAGGGAGUUGAAGGACAGGAGGGCCAGCCAGAGUGACUUCCCCACCAGAACGGACAUACGCCUCGGUGCCAGAGUGGUUGGCGUGCCUGAGGAAGUGAUGACCUCCCUCGAAAACCUCACACGACAUCCCUCACUAGUCAUCAUAAACCAGGGUAGCGUCUCGUGCACUGCAUAUGGCGACAGAGUGAGUUUUGUCGCUGGUGUACGCGUUGUGAAGUCCCCGAAGGAUCACGCAGAGGGACAGAGUGUGACUAGAGAAGAGAAGAAUGUUAGUCCUGGUGAAAAGAAGCAGGAAAAGGCAUCAAGUGAAUCCGUGAGUAGCUUUGUGUGUACGGUUCUUGUCUGGGAAAAUUAUAUAGCUGAAAAGAACAUCGACAGAGAGAAAGUCAGUGAGAUAAGUGAAGCUCUAAAGGGGAGGAACUGUAUCAUGCCAGGCGGACUAAGACGACUGAUGAAGCUGGUCGACUACACCACCAUUGAGCUUCACACGGCGGAUGUCACCACGAAGACCAUGCCAGUGUGUGUCGACGUGUUUGCCCUCACUGCCGGCACUCACUCGCUGACCCCGGAACUCAUACAGAAGAUCAAGACCACACUAAAAGACCUUACGGAUGAUGGGCCGGUCGUCAUCAACAAGAACACACUGCUUGAGGUCAGAAUGGAUGACGGACACCUCGCAGAUAUCCUAGUGAGAACGAGGGAUGGCGAGCCUCUCAACCUCACCAGAAAGUCCUGUGUCCUACUUGAAAUCACAGCGCUGAAGGAACAACCCAGUAUCCCACAUAUCCUCAGCUCACCGCAGGACCUCAAGACAAGUUCCCAGGCCAAGUAUCCUUACAUAGGGGACCAGGACGCCUUGAGGAAAGUAAAGGAACACAUUCUCUUUGCCCUGGGUUCAUGGACAAGCGCUGGCCCUCAGUUUGCUCUUCUUCAGGGUGGCAAAGGCUCAGGAAAGACUAGCUUGAUGGAGUCCUUAAUCGAGAGUCUUCAGGAACACCCACACCACAUACACAGCAGCAUGACGAGCCUUAAACUACUAAAGGGAAAGAAAGCGGAGACCAUGGAGAAGAGAUUACAAUUGGUCUUCCGUGAGGCUAUAUUCCGGAGACCAUCUGUUGUGUUCCUUGACGAUCUUGAUAGCCUAGUACCUGCUGCCUCGGAGGACCAGGAGGCGGGCCAGGUGCACAGUUACGCAAUGCAGGUGGUGACGAUGGUUAAGCUUAUCCUCGACCAGCUGAUGGAGUUCCUAGAGUCGCCCAGUCGUGAGGAGGUGCGAUGUGGGGGGGUGGUUGUUGUGGCGUCGUGUCUCGGGCGGACUGGCAUUCACUCCCUCCUGGUUAGUCCGCAAGGCUGCCACUACUUCCCCUGCACCUUCACCAUCCCUCCUUUGGGGUCCGACGGCAGGGUAUCCGCGUUUAAUGCCAUGGUGAAUGCACACAUCGCCAGGCACUUGGGGGUUGAAACUGCCACACAAACACACACACAAACACCAAACGGAACCAUCACACAAGCACCAGGGGACAGUGAUGGAGUCUCCCGCCACCUGGAGUUCGACGUCAAGUUACUUAUUAAACGAACGGAAAGCUUCACACUGCCUGACCUGUACCACCUGGCCCUACGAACUUACCUGAAGGCCGCUGACAGGUGGAAGGCUAACGAGGGCGGCCCAGGUGGAGGUGGUGUGGAGAGGUCAUCGGGUCAGGCUGUGUCCAGGGAGGUGAAGGUCGUGACUGGUGACCUGGAGGAGGCUUUGGAAGGAUACACACCCUUGGCCCUGAGAGGCCUGAGUCUAUCGGAGAGCGGCAGCGGCGGCAGGGCAGGGCGGCAGGGGGUGGGCGGGCUGGCGGAGGCUCGGGCAGUGCUGGAGGAGACCUUAACCUGGCCAGCCGCACACCCCACCCUGUUCAGCAAGGUGCGUCUACGGCUGCGGUCGGGCGUGCUGCUCUAUGGUCCCCCCGGCUCAGGCAAGACCCUUCUGGCGCACUCCAUCACGGCAGACUGUCACCUCAACUUUAUUGCCGUCAAGGGCCCAGAGUUGCUGUCUAAGUAUAUUGGGGCGAGUGAAGAGGCUGUCAGGGAUGCUUUUGAGAGAGCCUCAAGUGCCAAGCCGUGCGUCCUGUUCUUUGAUGAGUUUGAGUCCAUUGCUCCGAGACGCGGCCACGACAGCACCGGCGUGACGGACCGCGUGGUGAACCAGCUCCUGACACAGAUGGACGGCGUGGAGGGUCUCUCGGGGGUGUACGUCCUGGCCGCCACCUCCAGGCCUGACCUCAUUGACCCGGCGCUGCUCAGGCCAGGGCGGCUGGACAAGUGUGUAUUCUGCCCCAUGCCGACACGCAGCGACCGGCAGGAGAUCCUAGAAGUGCUUAGCCGAGACAUGGAGCUCGGGGAGCCGAUAGACUGGGCGGAGGUGGCAAGCCUGACUAACCACUUCACUGGCGCCGACCUCCAGGGCCUCCUCUCCUCAGCCCAAGUCCUAGUGGGUCAGGAGGCUCUUGGGGACAGUCUAUACGAGGGUGUUAUACCCAGCGAGGAGGCGAGGGAUGAGUCUGACGCUGAGGGAGACUCGAAUUACGAUGAAAAUGAGUUGAUGGAGGCGGAGAGAGAUUACAGUGUUCAGUGUAACGAGAUGGCGUCUGCGGGGUCGGUGGAGUCUCUAGGAAGCUGUGAGGAGGUGGUGCUUGAGGAAAAAGGGCAGAAGGUCAUGUAUAAGGACCGAGGACCCUCCACAAGACCCAAAUACAGCAAGAACACAGCGUCGAGUGAUGUCGAAACCUCACCAAAGUCAAAGGUUAAGUCGAAACGGUCACCGCAGUCAGGUAGUCAGUCCGAGGUGCCGGAUUUUAAGGUUUACAGAAGACAUGUCCUUACGGCGCUGAGGGAGGUGAGGCCGUCUGUCACCCCCGCAGAGAGGCACAAAUACGAACAGCUGUACAGGAGUUUCAGUAAUGCCAGGGAAGGAAACUUUGGUCAGCCGUCACCAGGGAAGAGAUCAACACUGGCCUGAUUGUGUGAGAGAGGAGAUCUUGACUAGCGUUCGGAUGCUUUCGGCUGUCACAAUAAAUACUUGCCAAGGUCACAAAGGAGAUUAGUUGGGUUCUUAUGAGUUUUUUUAUUUUUAUAGUGCAGAAGCCUUGUCAAACUAUCACUAGACUCAUAAAACUACCCAUGGAGAUACCCAGAACUCUAUGAAAGCCUUGUUAGUUGUAACUGUUAAGUCAUGAAAUGUUUAACUGCGGAUUUCCUACAAGAAGACCUCACCAAGCCACAGGAAUGGAACAAAAAGUGGCUGCUACAAUUCAGUGAAGAAAAAUAUAAAGUCCUGCACCUUGGGAGGGGAUAUCCAGCACACUAGUACCACAUGGGAAACACUCCACUAUCCACCACAGAGGCAGAGAAAGACCUGGGAGUAUAUGUUUCCAGGCUACCAGUAAAGGCUAAAUCCGUGCCAAUCGCAGCGGACGGGUUGAGAACUUUCUAGUUUCUCUUAUUUAUGUGGUAGAGGAGACAAGAGAUAAGUGAAAACUAUGUAUAUAUAAAUGCCCAUAGUAUGAUGUUCCCAUUCUGAAAACUAAAAGUGAUAUGGUGAUGUUUACAGCCUCAAUAUCAUGCUAGCUAUAACUUUAUCAUACCAAGAAAGGGAAAAAAUUGUGAUUUGUAUAAAGUAUAUGUUUGUUGAAUACUUGAAAGAUUUAAUCAUUUUGUCCUUACUGAGAUAUAUGCAAUAGUUUAAUGGGAUAUGCGGCUCCGUGGUCUAGUGGUCAGCAUGCCUGGCUUCUACUCCACGGGCCCGGGUUCAAAUCCCAGCCCGGGCAGUCGGCGUGCAGCUCACCCAGCUCAUCCUCCCUUUCAGGCUGGUUGAUAAAUGGGUACCUGGGGAAACCUGGGGAAGGUAAACUAUGGUAACCCAGAUGUCACACUGGCCCUGUGUCCCGGGGUAAUGGGCUCCCUCCUAGCACAGGCUCAAGGGCCAAUGUCACGGAGAUGAGCACCGAGGCCAUGCACUGCUACAGCGUAUGCCCCCAACUUUACCUUACUCUUUAACCCGGUAGCAGCGACGGGCCAAAUUUGUGGCUUUACCGUGUAGCAGCGAUGGGCCAGAUUUGUGCCAUGAUAUAACCCCCAAAAAACAGAUGAUUCAUAAACUGAUCACAAAUGCGUUGAUAUAUAUUAUGAAAUGGUUUACGUGAGUGAUGAUUUUUCCUCAUUUUUCUCGCUUAGAGGGACCUUUAAGAAACAUGAUCCCUGCAGCUACCGGGUUAAUGGGAUGUACAUGUUCCACCAUUGUUAUUGUUUGUGGUUACAGACUCAGAGGUUGUCAGCUGCUCUAUGUUUUUUUAUGCACCUGCUUUGUGGCACUGUGUUCUCAAGCUUCAUCUCACGUAUCACAAGCUUAUGCCUUGUCACUAUGAAGCUCUGCACUUUACAGUUAUUUUCGCUCAGUUAAACUAGUGUGGAAUAUUUGUUAGAAUAAAUAUUUUAGGAGA